UUGAAAUGCGAAUAAUGGCUGUCAUAAUUCGCGUAUAUUUCGGUUCUAUUUAAAAAUCACAUACAUAAAUGCGUUAAAUUUAUAUUCUUAUAUAUUUUUAUCAAUUUCUUGUUGUUCAAAUAACAUCUAAUUCUCUUUAAUUGUGUUUUGACGGCAAAACUGAAGGAUCUAUACUGUUGAAAUUGUGGUUAUUGUUUUUGUGAAAUAAAACAAUUUUAUUGUGAAACUUCAUGCUUCCCGUAUAUUAAAUUAUUGCUAUCGCUAUGUGUAUCUAUAGUAAAUAUGCUAGUGUUGAGGCUAAUCACUAGUUAUUGUUAAAAUUUAAGCUUAUUGUUUAGGGUAUAACAAACUUUAUUCCAAAUGCAUUUUUGGAUAGAUAAACGUAGUCAGUGCUAUAGUGGUCGUCAUAGAGUGCCGUCUUCUUUAUCUGCAGGGGUGGGUAGAUCACGUGGUCGUGUGUGCGCGGGCCCGCCGGGCGGUCGCAAGGGCAUGGCGGCGCCCGUGCACCGCUUCGUGCCCGUUGACUGUGCGCCCAGGCGGCCCCGUACACAGAGGCAGUAUAACCCGCCACCAGUGCCACCCGUACACACUUCCCGACGGACGGUAGAAGAGCCAAGCAUGUACGUGGAGAUACCACUAGAACCGCCGCAACCAACUAUAGCCAGCCUUGCUGCUGCUAGAAGUGUUACCCCAGAUACGCUAUUACGUACUGCAGCACUUGGCCUACAACAUUCGCCCAUGAUGGCCCCACAUUUGAAGUUUGGGAUACUGGUGUCGUUGGCGCUCGCUACAGUGUUCAUUGCUGGAGCGAAGUACUAUUUCGAUCGACAGGUAAAGGUAAUUCACGAAGCGGGUAGUAGCGAAGCGGGUGUGAUGUGCGCGGCCAUGGCGUGCGUGUGCGGGAUGGGGUGUGCGCUGUCACUGUGCCGCCCCCGCGCACCCCCGCCCCCCGCGUUCCCGCCGGAUCGAGUUUGCUCUACGGGUACUAGGGAUCGGAUGCCGCCCUCCGAGCCCUCCGAGGACAUAUCGCUAGCCACCUUACUCCAGGGCUCGGAGCAGGCGGGCCCCUCGUCCCCGGAGGCCCCGCCGCCGUACCACAUCGCGGUGCUGCUACCGGGGCGCGAGGCCCCGUCCCCCCCACCCCCCGCCUACUCGGCCCUCAGCUAGCUACACUCGCCUGUGAGCCAGGAGUUUAUCAUAUAAACGUAUUAGAAAGAACUUUCUUUCUUUCUUAUACGAAGAAAGAACUUUCUCUCUUUGUUAUACGAAGAAAGAACUUUCUUUCUUUGUUAUACGAAGAAAGAGCUUUCUUUCAAGUUUAUAUUGUAAACUUGUGGUGCACUGGCUCACUGUGCUCCCGGGACCUUGUAGUUUUGACUUUUGAAUCGAUUUUAGUGCGGGUAGUUUCGGAUUUUUUCUUUUGUUUUACGGCCGGCAAACGAGGAGUAUGUCAUAUGAAAAUGGUAUAUGUCGUACGCUGGCUCACAGAGCCUCUUAAUAUCAUAUAAUCCUCAAUUUUAGUGCGGGUAGUUUGGAUCUUUUCGUUUUACCGCCAAAAAGAGGACUUUUUCAUAUAAAUGUGGUAUACGCUGGCCCACGGAGCCUAUUUAAUACUUUAUAAUACUCGAGUUUAGUGCGGGUAGUUUCGGAUUUUUUGUGUGUGUGGUUUUUUUUUUCGUUUUGCGGCCUGUCAGUCAAGUGUUUUUCAUUUAAACCAUUAUAAGUACGCUGACUCACAGUGCUGGGACUGCUGGGACCUUGUAGUGUUUCGAUUUUAGUGCGAGUUUUUUUUUUCGUUUUGCGGCCUGUGAGCAAGUAGUUUGUCAUUUAAAUAAAUUAUUGGUAUACUGGCUCACGAGCCACGGUGUACCCGGGACCUUGUAAUACUCGAUUUUAAUGUGGGUAGUUUGGUUUUUUUGUUUCGAUUUUUGGUUUCGUUUUUCUUUUUGCGUUAGUUUGAUAUUUGGGUUUCGUGUAGGUAUUAAAUUUGUUGUGGUUUAGAAUUAAAUAUCUAAAUGUUAUAAACGCCUAAAAUAAAAUAUACCAAAAUCUAGUCUCUAUUUUGUUUCUGAUUUUGCGGGUAGUUAGAUGUUUGUGAAGGAUCCGCGAAAGUUGCUCAUUUACUUUAUAUUGUUUAAUCGAUAACUUUAAACGUGAAAACUCGUAUACUAUGACUUUCCAUUAACUUUUAUCGUGUUAUGAGGGUAUUUAGAAAAGAACAUACCCAUAGCUAUAUAUUUAUUCUAUUUCACACGAUCUCAAUAUGAAUCUUAAUAUUUAAGUAUAAAAUGUUGAUAUACGCACAAUAUGCAUUUUAAUAAAAUAGCUAUUUCCUUCUCAUUUUUUUAUUUAUUCUUGAAGAAAUAAAUAUUUGUUAGCUAUAGAUAAGAAGUUGAAAGAACUGAGGGAAAUGUGUGGGAAGGCUUUUUGGGUAAUUAGACUUUUUAGAAAAGUAUCGAUGUAAGUACAUAUUACAAUUUUAAUUUUAUUUGAUUUUGAGCUGUCAACCAAAGCUGUUUUGAUCUCGGUAACUUAUGACAAAUUAUUUAGCAUUUAUUCUAUUCUAUAUGUUAUUUUUUAUUGCUUUUUACAACCACCUUCUGUUUUAAAAGUGCACAAAAUUACGACAAUUUUAAGGAUUUUGGACCCUUUUGAUCCUAGGCCAUAAACUAUGCUAUGUGUGUUAGAUAUAGUAAUUAUAUAAGUCGGGAAAAACAUGUAAAUAAAAUGUUCGUAACCAAACGUAAAUCGUAAUUUUUAUUUAUUAAUAAUUUAUUUUUUGUUUUAAUUUGUUUUUUAUUCACAUUACUCAUUACUAAUAAAAAUAUAACGUACAUUUUUGAACAUGGUAAUAAUAUACAAGCUUUGUAUUAUAGCUCUUUUUGUUAUGUAUAACGUAUUUUAUACUAUAACGGUAGUUAUGUGGAUAAGUGUGUAGAAAAAUAGUUGUGUGUAUAAAAUUUAAGCUAAAUUGGAGGGAAUGUAACCAUUUUAAUAUAAUUUGAUUGUUGAGUAAAAAAGCGCCGUAUUCAUUUAACAACUUUUAUUGACAAGUGUAAUGUCCUUUGACAUUUUAAAACGAUACUUUUUCUUUUUGAAUUUUUGACGUUUGUCAAAUUUCAAGUUGGAGGGAAAAAGUUGAUUUUUAGUUUUUAUCAUUGAGUAAAAACUAAAAAUUAACUUGGCGGUUUUUACUUCGAACGGAAUAUGUGUGCUUAACGGUAAAUGUUAGACAUAAAAUCACAAAAAAGUUCAUAGUUUUCUUAAAGUCUUAAAUAUUAUGUGAAAUUAACCCCAAUAGAUUUAUAAUAAAUAUAUUUCAGCUUGUUACAAGUUACCUAUACUUAUAUGUUGAUCUCAAAAUAAAUUUAACUGUUUAAACAACGAUAAUGAAUGCAGCCUUAUGUUCCCCAUGAUUUAUACUCGAAAUACAGAUAAUAAACUGUUAUUAUUAUAUCCUCAUUAUUUAUUAUAUGUAUAAAAUAAGCAAGUAUGUAUUUAUUAUUUAAAAAAAGUAUGCGAUACAAAAUUUGUUAACCUUUAAAACAUUCCAAUGUAUGCUCAUUUGCACAUUUUUAAUAACUUACAAAAUAAAUUGUUAAUUUGUUGUUUGUAAAGUUGAGGCCAAAUGUAAAAUUAAUUCGCUAACACAAAAUUAAAUACGCGAGCUUUGACAAUGACAUUCAAAAAUAGUCCUUAUAGGCAGAUAAAAUUCAGCAGAACGCCGUCCGUCCUUGAACAGACCCUACUCCUAUGAGAAUAAGGACUAUAUUUCAAUGAGUAUUGUUUAUGUUGAAAGUAUUCUACGGCCGAUUUACAAAUGCAUAUAUUUUUGUUCGCGAUUUAUGCUAUCCUUGUCUUUCUCUGUAUAGAUAAUAGAGAUAGCGUUAUUUCUCUUCAAAAAGCUAAUGACUUUUAAAACGGCCAAGGUUAUAACAAUGUAUAAGACUAACGUAUAUAGUCUAGUCAUAGCAAAAUCGAUGUGAUGUAAUUAUUUUAGUACUGUUAUUUUUAUAUUUAUGUAUGGUAUAGAUAAAAUCGUCUCUGUAAUAGACGCUUGAAAUAAAUUUUAGUACACGUGA